CCCAUGUUCAUGGAUUGGAAGAGUUAAUGUUAAGAUGGCAAUACUCCCCAAAUUAUCUACAGAUUCAAUGCAAUCUCUAUCAAAAUUCCAGCUAGCCUCUUUGCAGAAACUGAUAAGCUGAUCCUAAAAUUCACAUGAAAACUCCAGGGAACCAGAACAGCCAAACCAAAAGUUCGGAAAAGAACAAAGCUGGAGGGCUCUCACCUCUCUAUAUCAAAACUGACAGACGAGCUACAGUAGUCAAGACGGUCUAGUACUUGUACAAGGAUAGAUCAGUGAGGCAGAAUUCAGAAUCCAGGAAUAAGUCCUCACAUUUAUAGUUAAUUGAUUUUCACCAGGGGUGCAAAAACAAUUCAGUGGAGGAAAGAAUACUCUUUCCAGCAAAUGUUGCCAAGACAACUAGAUAUCCACAUGCAAAAGAAAGAAGCUGGCCCCUUACCUCACACCAUAUGCAAAUGAUCAAGGAAAGAGCUAAAACCAUAAAGUUUAUAGUUUAUAAAACAUCAAGGUAAAUUUUUAUGACCGUGUAUUUGGCAGCGGUUUCUUAGACAUGACACCAAAAGCAUAAGAAACCAAAGAAAAAAAAUAGAUACAUUAGACUUAUUCAAAAAUUUAAAAUUUUGUGUUCAAAGGACACCAUCAAUAAAGUGAAAAACAACCCAUAAAAUGGGAAGAGUAUUUGCAAAUUAUAUAUCUGGUAAAGGCAUAUAUUCUGAAUGUAUAAAGAACUCUCACAACCCAGUAGUAAAAAGGUAAGUUUCUAGGAUGUCCGGGCCUCCAGUGGUCCUAUGCUGAUGUUCCAUGCUGGAACCUCCCCUCAAAGUAAAGGAUGAGUCACUGUGCCCUGCACCACCUGCCACUGAAAAAGAGCACCGUGCAGGGACGCUUCUUUGGGUUUUGGAGGCAGCAUGUUCUGCACUUGUGAAUGCGGCCAUGAGCCAUUUUGGGGGUGAUACAGAGCAUGCCAGCUUUGAGUCAAGCCCAGAGCAGGAAAGGGGUCAGCAGCAGGUCUAGGUUUUGGCACAAGCAGCCCUGUGCCUGGCCCUGUGACCUGCCAGAGCCUGUGUAAAAUGCUACAAAACAGAAAGAUUUCACCUGGAGACUCUGGUAGGUUCUGGUGCCUCGAUGCAGCAAGGUGGCUGAGUUUGAAGAGCAAGCAUCCCAAGAUGAGAGAGAGAGAAGCUGCACCUCCCAGCUGUGUGACCUGGCCUCAGAAAUCAGUGGAACUCUGACUUUGAUGGGAAGUGGACCCCCAUUCGCCUCUCUGACCUAAUGAGGUCCAGGGAAGAGGGCUGCAAGCAGAAGUCCUAGACGGCCGUCCAAUGCUGCUUAACUGAAGAUGGAACGGUCUUAACUAUAUUUGUCAAAGAGCAGGUCACCAGCAACGUUGGGUGGAAUGACCUGGGGAUGGCGCGGACAGAGCGGGACUGGCCUGGGCUGAAAAGUGAGGAGGUGGAGUCAGCUCUGAGCCCGGCCGGCCGUGAAGAAGGUGGGGCAGGAGUGUUCAAUGUUUUGGGGGGAUUCUGGGACAUAUAGGAAAGUAGGAUGAGGGGCGGCUCCAGAGCACUGAGGGGCCUUGGAUGACUCCGGAAGGUUCCCUGACCCAGGAGAGAAGGCGGAGGAUGAGGGGCACGGGGCAGCUGGGUUGCGAGUUUGGUGGUGACCGGAAGUAGCUUCGUGCCCGCGCCCUUAUCUCCUCCAGGAAGUUGAGGACCAGGCUCUUAAGGGGUGGGAUUACAAGUUUGCCGAAGGCGUUGGGCCCCAUUUGAGGUUGAAGCCCAGGAGUCUGGGGGCCAGGAGACUGCGAAGUUUGCGUGGGUUUCUCCAGACUUGCUCCUCUGCCUCGGUAGGGCCCCAAAGAGGACGAGGAGUCAGCCCUGACCCCGGUGGCUACCGGGGGAGAGGACCCAGGGGCCUGCCAGGGUCGGGGCGUCCUCGAGAAGGCUCCCCAAAGGCAGGGCGAGGAUCGCCGGGUCCGGCGGGCAGUGGGCAGCGGUCCUCUGCCGCGUCCCCUGCCCGCGCGUUCUGCUAGCCCUGGCCAGACAGAAGGACGGACGCGGGGCACAGGUCUUCCUGCGGGCCCCCUCCCCGCGGCCCGCCCGGCCCCCACGCGCCGAUGCAGAGCGAGAUCGCCGCCGCCGCAAUUGGGGAUUAGCGCGCUCGUGGCGGGAGCGGCGGGAUUAGCCCGCGUGGACUCGGCGCUCGGCCCGGGGAUUACGGCGCGCGUCCCCCGACGUAUAUAUUCCCGCGGCGGCGGCGGCGGGGCCGGGCCGGCAUGGCAGCGGCGGGGGGUGCGGCGAGCCGAAGGGGCCCCGGGCAGCCCUGCCCCUUCUCCAUCGAGCACAUCCUCUCCAGCCUGCCGGAGCGCAGCCCCCCGGCCCGGGCCGCCCGCCCGCCGCAGCCCGCCGGCCGCCAGAGCCCUGCGGAGUCCGGCGAGCGCGAGGCGCCCGAGGCCGCGCCCUGCGCCUGCUGCUGCUGCUGCGGCCCCCGCGCGGCGCCCCGCGGGCCCUCGGAGGCAGCCGCCGGGCUGGGCGCGCGGCUGCCGUGGCCGCUGAGGCUGGGGCCCGCGGCGCCCUUGCCCUUGGCCGCGCCGACCGGAGGCUCGGGGGCGCUGCCCGGCGCGGGCGGCCCGGGCCCGCAGCGGCGCACGCGGCGCCACCGCACCAUUUUCAGCGAGGAGCAGCUGCAGGCGCUGGAGGCGCUCUUCGUGCAGAACCAGUACCCCGACGUGGGCACGCGCGAGCGCCUGGCUGGCCGCAUCCGCCUGCGCGAGGAGCGCGUGGAGGUCUGGUUCAAGAACCGCCGGGCCAAGUGGCGACACCAGAAGCGCGCGUCAGCGUCCGCGAGGCUCCUGCCCGGACCCAAGAAACCCCCCAAGGAGAGCUGUUGAUGGCUCUGGGAGCUCCUCCUGAGCUUGGCCGCGUCCUUUGGGGCCGGCUCAGAGAGUGGACAGACCAACUCGAAAAGGAGCUGAGAGAGGACACCAGCCUCUUGCCGUCUGCACAGCUUCCUGCAUCCGGGAGCUAAGGCUCAACGCAGGAGCCCCUGUGCAGGAAAACAGAUGUCUGUGUGUGUGUCCGUGCCCCGCCUGCCCCGCUAAAGGAGGGGAAUCUGAGCAUCUCCGUGCGUUCUCUUCCCAAAUGGCUAGCGGGCAGGAGGACCCGGGAGAUCCCCUGGGGGCUGGGGGGGCGGGGCACACAGCAGGUCAGUUUCCUCCUCCCGCCAACGGCACCCCACGGACGGCGCUAACCCCGUCCCAGGACAGGACUCCCCCUUGUCAACACAGGAUAUCCAGAAUCCCCUUCUUCCUGCUAGGGCGUGCUGGCUUCCGUCGUCUGCUCAGCGUGGACUUGGCCUCCUUGACGUGGCCUACAGCCCUCCCGCAGCAGGGAAGGGUGUCUGCAUGCUGAGGUGGCUGCCACCUUGCAGGUCCUGGGCAGGGCCUCAGUGUCCAGACCUGUGGAAUAAGAAAGUUGGGUGAGGUCGUCUCCAGAAGCCCCCUCCCCGCUCCUUAGUCCUGUGAGCCUUGUGCGGGUGCGCAGAAACAAGCACUGCAGACACCAGGAAGGCAGUCGAGAGUCAAGGCCCCCCCGGGCUCCACCGCCACGUGCGCGGCCACGUCCGCUGGGACCUGCUGCUCUUCCCCUUUCCUGGGCGUGCUGGGCUGCCUUGUUUUGGGAGUACAGCCCAGUAAAUCCUCAGUCCCUGUGCCAGGGUGCCCUCCAGCAGAGCAGACUGCCCCACACCAUAGCCGGCCGCUGGGAGCCUGCACUAGCCUCUAGGUGCUGCUGGCCUGCUUCGCAGUUGGGCACCUUGGCCUCCUCCCUCUGGGGGAUUUCCCAGCUCUGGUGUUUGCCUCUCUCACAGCAGUCAGUCCCUGCCAUCCUGUGGGUCAAGAGGAGGUCUGACUGGGGAGACCUUCCCACUGCCUUGGAAAAUGUCGGCUCUCCCCUCCAUCAUUCUGGCCCCAGGGUGAAGGACAGUGUGAAAACAGGGCUUCAGUUCCCCAAGUAGGCAUACAGUGGGCCCAAGGCACCUAACACCCGCCUCAUCUGGCUUAGGGACCUUGUUCUGCUUCCUCACAAGUCCUGGAGGGAAUGGGGGGUAUCUAGCAGGAGACACAGUCCAUCCAUAAAAGAUGCAGGAGCCAGGGCUGCAGCUCUGGGACCCUCCAAGGCUGGCCAGUUCAGAUAACACUGAGUGGGUCUGGUGUCCCCAGCCAGGGCUGCCCUAACAAUGCCCAGUGCCUCCAGGACAGCACCCCUCCCCUCACUCCCCAGGAUGCACACUGUUGGCUGUCACAAGGCUUUUCUCCUUGACUCUUGGCCUCAUCCUUGGAGACUGCACAGUCAGCUUGCAGAGGCCCCCACAGGCUGUGACGCCCUCACCUUGCUAGGGUCCAAGGCCUGCACCCUCCUGUGCUGAGUGGCUGUCUGUCAUUGUGUGGGAAAGCCAUGAUCAGAGCUACACCUUCACGGGACCAGUGACUAUGCUGCGCUCCUGAUUUUUCUCCUUCCUUUCUAGCUCUUCCAUGGUGGGCUCAACACAACAGCUGGCCAUUAACGUAGGUGUCCUUGAGGCUGAGUCCCUCCCAUCUCAAAUUCUCCCUGGUUUCUCUCUUCCACCUUCAGCCUCUCAUUCCCACGUCUCUGCCACCUUUACGUCUCCAGCCAGGCCUCUCCCCUGAGCUAGAUGUUAAUGUCCAACUGUCCCUUUGACUACUGCACCUGGAAGCCCACAGCAAGCUCUUCCCCUGCGCAUACUAGGUGCAUGAGCCAGAGGGCUGGCACUCACCCCGAGCCCUCUGCUCCUCACCCACUGUGCCUAGGCCAACAGCAAGUUGAUUUUACUUCCAAAACCAAUCUCAGAAUCUAUUUUCUCUCAAGCUUCAACUGCGCAGCCUGAUGAAAACUGCCAUCAUCUCUCACCUUGACCGCCAGCGGCCUCUAGUCUUGUCCACCUGCACCCACUCUGGUUUCUCUUUAAUUCAUUCUCCAUGAAAGCCAGGGUGCAAGUUUGAACCUGCCUCUCCCCUGCAUAUGACACUCCAGGGCUUCCCAUUGCUCCUAGAAUAAAAAGAGAACUCCUCACCAUGACCCACGAGGCCCGGCACAGCCUGGUCCUGCCCCUCUCGUGUCAUCUUGCACCUAACUGCUCCUUGUACUGUGUGCAUACCCAAAGGUUGUCUCCCUCCUACUGCUGGGCCUUUGCUCAUGCUCUUCCCUCUCCACCUGAUCAAUGCCAGCUCAUCUUUUGGAUCUGCAACCACUUCCUGCCUGGGGCCACUUCUCCUGACUGCCCCCUCGGUAAGAUUGCCGAGGUACAAGCUCUUUUCUUGCUCCAGUGGCUGCGGUUUUGCAGUUGUCUGUGGGAUGACCUAACUAGUGUCUGUCUAACCCAUUUGGCUGUCAGUGCUGCAAGGGCAGGAACCGUCACCAUGGAGGCCCCUGUGAGCCACGGAACGACUGCCUAUUGUACUAAAUCAUUCCAGGGCAAAUCUUUCUUCUCUGACGAAAUUCACAACCUCCUUUUGGGAAGAAAUGAUCACUCCUGAAGAAUGCUUAGGCAACCUACUGGUCCACUUCAGUGAGAAUUAGCCCUCUUCUGGAAAGCCCACUCUGGAAUCCAGGGACUUAAUAAUUUUUGACCAGACAUUUCUUUAUUGAGCCAUCGUAUUUUUCUUUUUUCUUUUGUUAAAUAAAUAUUGAGAAAGAAUUAUGUUAGGAUUCUUUUCUUGCAUAAAGUUUAAAUAAAAGCUUUGAAACUCGU